AUGCAUGUUGUUUCACUUAUUGUUUUGCUGCAGAGCAUCCGGAUCUGUGCAGCCAGGCCUGUAGACCUUCAACCAGCUACGUUGGCGACAAACGCAGAUAAGAUUCUGACCCCGCAAGAUGUAGUCAAAGGAUUUGAGGAUUGGUUCAAACCCAAACCCACUGCCAAAGUCCAGAACACCAAAGAAUCUAUCUGCGGUGAUGAUUCAGAGAAGUGUGAUCAAUGCGCUAGUAAACCGAAUUCGCCCCUGGAUAUGGGAGAAAUAUUUGACUCUGGCAGGCUUGAUCAGAAGGUCAACGGUACGGUGUCAAAUGAUAUCGAAGGGAAUGAAAAGUCCAAUGGCAAGCCGAAAGCCGGAUCAAACGAGGAAUCGAGUCACAAAUCCAAUGAUACCGAGACAUCUUUGGAAUUGCAUGACAUAAAUUGUUUCGGUCGGCACCAGUUUGGAAAACACGAAGACAUCCACCAAAUCUCGCAACAGAACUACGCAGGCUUUGCGUGUCCGGAGACCGGGUCAAAGAUGAUCAAGAAAGGUGACAAUAGUACCUUCAUCUCUUAUCAACGAUGGAUAUACGGCGCGCCUUAUCUAUACAACGUUUACUGGAAGGACGGCUGUGAACUAGAGAAUGGCAAGACUGAGCAGGACGUUACUGAUCCAUUAGAAGAGGGAUACAAGCCCGAAGCACGUGUGUGUCAAGAGUUUCUCGCCAAAGCCUACAGGGGUUGCAAUAAUGGGGGGACAGGCGGUUCGUUGCAGGCCGGCUGUCUGGUGUAUGAGUUCCAGGCCAGGGACAAGGAAAAGAAGCAUGCUCCUUUGCCUUAUAUGCGAGGGGGAGAAAUUCUUUUUGAUUGGCCACCGGUUGCUGGAUGA